GUGUUAUGACACGUCCGUCCUGAACAACGGUCCGACCAGAAACAACGCUGUGUGUUAUUGUUCAACAAGCUUCCGGUUAGCUGUAAUUUUCGUUGGAGGCUCAAUUAGCACGUUUGAACCGUCAAAUAUAAGAACAGUGUAUUUUUUGGAUUGUUCGUAAAUGGACAGCGUCCCUUGUCUUCGUGUUUCGCAGUGUCACGUGCAACAGUUCAGGAGGUGUCUGCAGUCCACAGAAGCUUUGGAUGCAAGUUUGUGCGUCCUGAAACACUCAGAUGGGACAGUCCUGCUGCCCCUUCUACAGUCCUGUCUGCCACAGCUGGAUCUGCAGUCUCUGAGAGCCAUGGUGGCUUCGGACGGUACUUGUGAAAUAGUUUGGAGUCAGUCUCCUCUGCAGUUGAAGAAGAAGACAAGGAGAACAAGUGGUAAUAAAGUGGAGGAAAUGUUGCAGGAGCUGUUGGAGUCUCGUGGUGAAAGAUGGACAGAGGAGCUGAAGGGGGACCUCCCGAGCAGCUUCCAGAGGCAUGGAGACCUCAUCCUGCUGGGAGACAACUGUUUCUCUCUGCCACUGUGGAAGAAAAUGGAUCAACAGCUAUGGCGUGCUGUGGCUGAAGGACUGGGGGCGAAGCGGCUGGCAAAGAUGAGUCGAAUAUCCAGGGAUGGCUUCAGGUCUCCUGUAGUGACGAUGCUGUUGGGAGAGCACAGCUGGGUCGAACAUGUGGACAAUAGGAUUAGGUAUGAGUUUGAUGUAACCAAAUGCAUGUUCUCAGCUGGAAACAUAACAGAGAAGCUCAGAGUGGCUGGAUUUGACUGCAGAGGGGAGACUGUGGUGGAUUUGUAUGCAGGUAUUGGAUACUUCACUCUUCCAUAUCUGGUCCACGCUGGCGCUGGUUAUGUUCACGCCUGUGAGUGGAACCCUGCUGCAGUCGAAGCUUUACAGAAAAACCUGGUGGCUAACGGAGUGUCUGACCGAUGCACGAUUCACCGAGGAGACAACCAACAACUCCAGCUACGUGAUGUAGCUGACAGAGUGAACCUGGGUCUCAUCCCGAGCUCUGAGGACGGCUGGCCCGUGGCAUGUCGCCUGCUGAAGACAACAACUGGUGGUAUUUUGCACAUUCACCAAAACGUUACCUCACCGUUACCGAACACGGCAACUGUUCCAGAGAUCGAUGAUGCCACCCCGAGGGCUUCUGGGAAGAGAGCUGACAGAGAGGCGUGGCAGGUCUGGGCUGAUGACGCAGCAAACAGAAUCAUCUCUCUUUUAAAGGACGUCACUGGUUCACAGUGGAGGACAAACAUCCAGCACAUAGAACACGUGAAGUCGUACGCUCCUCAUGUUCACCAUGUGGUGCUGGACCUGGAGUGCAGACCGUCCUGAUGUGAGGAGACGAACACAGAGACAGAGUGCACACACUGUAGCAUUGAACUUUUUUUAUUGUGCUGCAGUCUAAAGAAGAAAUGGGCAGCUGUGAAGUUUCCUGUGUAAACAAAUACUACAGCAGCUGAUUUCAUUACCUGACUGGUAACAUAACAAGCUGCAGUGUUUCUAGAAACCUUUAUUUAUCCAGGGCUGGUUCACUGAUGCCGCCCUGUCUCACACUCAUGCAAAUAAAUCCCACGUGAAAGCUGCCAAACUGUACCACAGCCUUAUCUGUUUUAUAUUAUUUCACCUUUACUUUACCUGGAAUAAAUCACAUUGAGAAAUCAGAAAUCUUGUUUUCAAGAGAGUUCUGGCUAAGAUAGCAGCAUAAAAACUUUUACAUCAGCAAGCAACAGACUUAAAAGAGGUUAGGAAUCGGGCUUGUAACUGGAGAGUCGCCGGUUCAAAUCCCGGUACUGACAGGUCUAGGACUGAAGUGCCCUUGAGCAAGGCACCUAACCCCCAUCCACAGCUCCCCGGGCGCAGUAAUGUGCUGCCCACUGCUCCUUGCAUGGUGUGUUCACU